AUGUGCUUGUGGAAGUUGCUGUUGUGGAAACGGCCGGCGACGGCCUCGUCCUCGGCCGACGGCAGGAACGACAACAACAACGGCAAAGGACUACGACGCGGCGGCGGCGGACAACACCGGCCGCGGCCGUCGUCAUUGUCGUGGUCGUCGUCGUCCGUGCUAUCGUCCGACGACGACGACCUGAUGUCCGACAGCGGCAUAUCCAGCGGCGAAUUCAGCCUGGAGAACGUGUGCGAAGACCCCUGUCCGGUACCACGUCCGCCGCCGCCGCCGCCGCCGCCGCCGCCGCCGCCGCCACCGCCUAAGGUUGACGAAAGCCGGUAUGUAUAA